AUGACGAUUAUGGCGGAAAGUCGGCCUGACUUAAUCGAAGGUUGCAGGCUCCCGGUAUUGCUCAGUAAUGGGGAAGAAUGGCACAUGGCAGAGAUUCUUAGCAAGAAGGAAGUUGGAGGAAGGAAUAUAUUUUACAUACAUUAUGAAGACUUUAACAAGAGGCUUGAUGAGUGGGUGUCAGAGGACAGAAUGGACAUUGGUAGAAUGGAACUGCCUCGCAAAGAUACCAAAACCCCAAAGAAAGAAGGAAAAGCUGUGAAUGGGACCACCUCAAGGUCCAGCAGUCCAGACAGAGAGCUGGUUAAUGGCUCCGCCCAGAAACAGAAGGCACUGGUUGCUCGCAAAAGGAAAACAGUCGAGGAAGAUAGUGAGGCUCUUAUCUUGCAGCCUGAUGGCCAGCCAGAGCCACUGCCCAAGAUCCCACGCCAGACAGGCAGUAUGGUGGCUCACCAUGACGACAUUGUCACCAGGAUGAAGAAUAUAGAGAUGAUAGAGUUAGGCAGAUACAGGAUUAAACCUUGGUACUUUUCACCCUACCCUCAGGAAUUGACGAAUGUGAGAAUAGUGUAUAUAUGUGAAUUUUGUCUGAAGUAUCUGAAGAGUGCCAAGUGUUUAGAAAGGCACUUAAUGAAGUGCUUGCUUAGACAUCCCCCCGGAAAUGAAAUUUAUAGGAAGGAUGGAGUCUCAUUUUUUGAAAUAGAUGGCAGGAAAAACAAAACAUAUGCUCAGAAUCUCUGCCUCCUAGCAAAGCUGUUUCUCGACCAUAAGACACUGUACUAUGACACAGAUCCAUUUUUGUUCUAUGUUCUGUGUGAGCAUGAUGAUAAAGGCUAUCAUAUAGUUGGAUAUUUCUCUAAGGAGAAGGAAUCGACAGAGGAUUACAAUGUGGCUUGUAUAUUAACAUUACCCCCUUACCAGAGACGAGGCUAUGGAAAAUUGUUGAUAGAGUUUAGUUAUGAACUGUCUAAAUUUGAAGGGAAGACAGGUUCCCCAGAAAAGCCGUUGUCAGAUUUAGGCCUCUUAUCCUACAGAAGUUACUGGUCACAGACUAUCCUUGACAUCUUACUCAACCUUAAACCCAAUGAAGCUGGAGAGAGACCAAUCAUCACCAUCAAUGAGAUCUCCGAAAUGACCAGCAUCAAGAAGGAAGAUGUGAUUUCCACGCUUCAGCACUUGAAUCUCAUUAAUUACUACAAAGGACAAUAUAUCAUAACCAUGUCAGCAGAUCAAAUUGAGUCCCACUCUAAAGCCAUGGCGAAAAAACUGAUAACGAUAGAUCCUAAGUGCUUACAUUGGCAGCCCAAAGAUUGGAGCAAAAGAGGGAAGUGGUGAAUAGUUACCCCGUUACGGUAGCUUAACAGGUUUUGGAGAAUAUACUGACUGAAUGUGGCGUGAAAAGAGUGACUGAAGUGGAGCUUGAGUGAUUUACAACGGUUAACACAGGUAGAUUUGGAGUGCUAAUACCCUAUCAAGACUUUCAUGUUGUCGUACAUAGUUCUUAAGAAUCUUUUUAAGCAAUAGAAGAAUUUAAAAUACAGUAUAAUUGUCAAUUUAUAGUGUCAGUGAAUAACUACAUUGUACAUGUAUCCUAAAAGAAUUUUAGAGCAAAAUGAAUAUAGGAAUUGUGGGGUGAAAAUUCAUAGUCAGUGUAAUGAUGAAUAUGGGGCCCUUGCCAGCUCAUUCGGUGCCAUUUUCUCUGUAGUUGAUGGGCCUUUGACAAAUGAUGUCGUAUUCAAAUUGAAGUCAGGGCAGUCAGGUAAUUGCCAAAGGAAGAUGGUUUUCUCUGGGUAGAGAGCCUGAUGUCUACCAUCUGUAAACCUGAACGCCAUUGUAAAAGAGACCUAUCCUUGAGUAUGCUGUUAAUCCCAAUGAAAUAAAUGAAUAUGGGUAUAAAAUAUUUGUUGUAAGUCCUGAAUAAUUUAUAACUACUGAAAAUAGAGAACUGGAAAAUAGUGUUAAAUGAUUUCAGGGAAUACUUUAUUGACAUGCUUAAUUAUUUCUGAAAACGAAAUAUACCUAGGUUUCGUGGAUUUCAUUGUCAGAAAUAGUUACGCUUUCAUAUCAGGAACAGGUUGUCCAUCCGUUAUUUAUAUUUCUAUUUGCUGUGGGUUAUGAAUAUGUGGUAAUCCGGUAUUUCAUAGAAUGGUGUUUUUCAUUAGAAGCUAGUUAGUGGCAUACAUCACCAAUAAGGUAACAUCUAUAAAUAAAUUGGCAAAUAGAAAUAGCUAUGUUUAUUGUGAUAUAACUGAUGUCAUUGAUCGCCGUUUAAUAUUUAUUGGUCAUAGCUGUAAAUUUUAUUCACUCAUUGUGAAAUAUUCUUGAGUUCUACAUAAAACACUAAUAAAUAAAUAGUUAAAGAAAGUAUGAUCACUUAACAUUGUCGGAGGAUAUGUCCAAACACAGUGUAUAUUUGAAAAGCACUUUCUGAUAGUCAUUUUUUGCUGUUUUUUCUUAGGAAGCAAGUAGAACUCAUCAGUAGUAGCCUUGAUAAACCUGUGAAAACUGAGGAUGUGCAUAGAUAGGUGUUGAGAAACCUGGGAACUAAGGAUGACGUAUUUCUGACCAAAAUUCAGCUAUAAAUUCAGUGGAUAAAACCUUUGCUUACUUAAGGUGAAAUUUAUGGUUUAGCCUCAUGAAUUGUAUUCAGUGGAAAUGAUCUUGAAAUUAGAACUAUACUCUAAUGAAACAUGGUGUAUUAGAGGGUAAUAUGUGCUAAUAGUAACAUAGGGAUUUAAUGAGAUAAUAUUUUAGCCAACUGCUGAAGUAAACUUCUUUUAUAUAUGUACACAUUAAGAGUGGAGAGACUGGUGAUGAGUGGAUAUUCAGUAACUCACACAUCUGAAGCUUACUCAAGUGAAUUCAUGUAUGUCAGGUACACUGUUGUAUUAUACAAGGUAUACGUGACUUAUUUUGAGUGUGGUAUCAAAGACCAAGUGUGAACAUUACAGUUGUGAAUGAGUGAACAGAUAUGAUAGUUGAAUGAAUGUGGUCAUGCACAGUUAUUUAAUGUAUAUAUUGUGACCAAAUAAAACCUAGU